UUCAAAAUUUAAUUUUUUUAAAGAUCCGUCUAAUUGUUGAUGACAUUUUUGAUCAAAAAGUUUUACAAUUCACCCCACGAUUAAAAUGGCUAGGAAAUUCUUUCUUUUUUGUUGGAGGUGUGCCUCAAUCUUUGAGGCAUUUAAUGCCGCCAGAACAUUUAUUACCUUUUCGUGGAUGCCUAAAAAAGAUAUUUUUCCAAUCGGGUCCUGUUGAACUAAAUUUAAUUCAAUUGGCAGAUCAAGGAUUUGGUCAAUCUAAUGUCCAAACUUUUGGUGACCUUACAUUUUCUUGUAUGCCAAGUGCUCAAAAUGCUCCUUUGGUUUUCUCAUUUAAUAAUGGAAAUAAUUAUACUAAAUUACCUCCUUGGCGUUCUCCAUCCCGUGGAACUUUAGCCUUCCAAUUCCGAACAUUAACCCCCGAUGGAUUACUUUUAUAUUAUGGAAUGUCACAAUGCAGUAAUUUUACCAUUUGUGAUUAUUUGGCUUUUGAAUUAAUUGAUGGACAUUUAUUUGUGAGAUAA